AUGUUCUACCUCAAAUCGCAGCAGCUGAGCAGCAGCCAGCCUCCAGAGCCGUGGCCUCAGCUACAGAAACAGCCCCAGCAGCCCCAAGGGCAGCAGCCUUUGACCAAAGGGGCCUCCCACACCAAACCAGGGCCAGACCGGGCCGAUCCCAGUGGGAAGCGUAAAAUGUAUGACAGGGCCUUCCAGCUGAGCUUCAAGCCUGCCUGCAUACAGAAACCUGAGGGACUCCCACCAAUCAGUGACGUGGUGCCAGACAAGAGGAGUGCAUUCAAGUUUCCAUCUCGGGACGUGGAUUCUCGUGUGAUCUCCAGAGGACCUGGUUUCACACCUGUCUUUGCAGAUUUUGGCAGACAAAAGGUGGUAGGACGAGACGCUCCCCUUAAAAACCUUGGGGCCCGGCGACCACCACCCAGGAAGAUCAUCAUGGGCCUGUCUUUGCACGACGAUGUUCAGCUGAAGAAAUCAGAGAAUGCCUGGAAACCAGGCAUGAAGAGGGAAAGACUCCCAGCGGAACCAGAGUCCAACAAAACACAGGACCUGUUCAAGAAGGUCCGCAGCAUCCUGAACAAGCUGACGCCGGAGAAGUUCAGCCAGCUGGUGAAGCAGGUGUGGGACCUGACCAUCGACACUGAGGAGCGGCUCAAAGGAGUCAUCGACCUGGUGUUUGAAAAGGCCAUUGACGAGCCCAGCUUCUCGGUGGCCUACGGGAACAUGUGCCGCUGCCUCGCCACGCUCAAAGUGCCCAUCACUGACGCUCCCAACAACACAGUGAACUUUCAAAAGCUGCUGCUAAGCCGCUGCCAGAAGGAAUUUGAGAGAGACAAGGUGGAUGAUGUGGUGUUUGAGAGGAAGCAGAAGGAGCUGGACUCUGCUGCAUCGACGGAGCGUGACCGACUUCAGGUAGAGCUGCAGGUGGCCAAGGACAUUGCCCGGCGGCGAUCCAUCAGCAACAUAAAGUUCAUUGGUGAACUCUUCAAGCUAAAGAUGCUAACGGAGGCCAUCAUGCAUGACUGCGUGGUGAAGCUGCUGGGGAACCACGACGAAGAUUCCCUGGAGUGUCUCUGCAGGCUGCUCACCACAAUCGGCAAGGACUUUGAUUUAGUGAAGGCCAAGCCUCGGAUGGAUCACUAUUUUAAGCAGAUGGAAAAAAUCAUCAGAGAGGGGAAGACGUCUUCACGGACAAGGUUCAUGUUGCAGGACACCAUAGACCUGAGAUUGCACAAAUGGGUGUCAAGAAGAGCCAACCAGGGUCCAAAGACAAUUGAUCAGAUCCACAAGGAGGCAAAGCUUGAGGAGGAAGAGGAGCAGAGAAAAGUGCAGCAGCAACUGUACUUCAAGGACACCAGGAGACGGCCAGAGCAGAGAGAGCAGAGGGAGCAGAGAGAUCCGCAAGUACAGGGAGAGGAGACCUGGAACACUGUGCCCAUGAGGAAGAAUGGCAGGACCAUCGACCCCAACAAGAUCCCAAAGAUCUCCAAGUUCGACCCCUCACCUCAACCCUCCACCACUCCUCCACAGAACCCAGACAUCGACGCCGGGACAACUCACGGAAGUCGUAGCCGUACAGAAAAAAAGUGCAGCAACAAGCCGCUGAUCUCUGCACCGAAAGUCACUGAGGUCGAAUCUGAGCCAGAGCGUAGCAGAGUCCGAGAGCCUGUGAAACCUGAGCCUGUUCAGACGAGAGAGAAACCUGCUCGGUCUGAGGAGGAGAUCGAGAGGAAGUGCAAGUCCAUCAUCGACGAGUUCCUGCACCUUAAAGAUUUCAAGGAGGCUGUCCAGUGUGUGGUGGAACUUGAUCUGGGCUCUCAGUCUCACAUCUUCAUACGCGUGGGGGUGGAGUCGACUCUGGAGCGCAGUCAGAUCACACGGGACCACUUGGGCCAGCUCCUCUUCCAGCUGGCGCAGAAGGGAAUCCUGCCCAAACCCCAGUUCUACAAAGGGUUUGCAGACACGCUGGAGCAAGCGGACGACAUGGCCAUCGACGUUCCCCACAUCUGGCUGUACCUGGCCGAGCUGCUCAGCCCUGUGCUGAAGGAGGGGGGCUUCUCUAUGAGAGAGCUCUUUAGUGAAUUAAGCAAACCUUUGCUUCCUGUGGGAAGAGCUGGGAUCUUGAUCUCUGAAAUACUGCUCAUACUAUGCAAACAAAUGGGCCAUCGUACUGUGGCUUCUCUGUGGGAAGAAUCAGGCCUCAACUGGACUGACCUUCUGCCGGAGGAAGAGGACGUCCAGGCUUUCAUCUCACAACAGAAACUCCAGUUUCUUCAGCCACAGAGUCCGAGUGUCUCAGAGCACAAACCUGAGCCAGAGGGCAGCAGUGUCCGAGAGGCUUUGAACAGCCUUGCAGAGUCAGAGACUGAGCUGGAGACAGCCGCCGUUGAGCCUUCUCUCAUGCCCCCCGCUUCACUACAGCCCCAAGCCUCUAGUCCUGCUUACAGAGAGGCCUCCUCUGAAACUUUGCCUGCUGACACCACUCCUCAACAGAACCCCAAAUUCGACGCCGGGACAACUCUGGGAAGCCGUACAGGCAGGAAGCGCAGGAAGAACAGAAAGCGCAGCGCAAAGCCGCUGAGCUCUGCACCGUCUCAGCCGGAUCUGUACACAAGGGGAAGCAGCUCAAAGGAGCUGCUGGAGCGUCCAACACCGGAGGAGCCGCCAAGAGACAGCGAGCCAGAGGGAGCUGUGCCUAGGAGACCGAAUGUCUCAGAGGACGAAUCUGAGCCAGAGGGCAGCAAGGAUGCGCCAAACCGGCAGGCCAACCCACCUGAAGCGGCCAACUCAAGUGAGCGUCUCUCAGCCAAGGAACCAGCCUCUUCUCACUUGUCCUCAGUCGAGGAGCUGAAACCCUCUUUGGUGCCACCUCAGACUCUGAACACAGACAAGCCUCUCUUAGACGCCCCUGGAACUCUGGCUGCCUUGUCUGGAGCAGCCCCCUUGGCUUUGAACAGCCUUGCAGAGUCAGAGACUGAGCUGGAGACAGCCGCCGUUGAGCCUUCUCUCAUGCCCCCCCCUUCACUACAGCCCCAAGCCUCUAGUCCUGCUUACAGAGAGGCCGCAUCUGAAACUUUGCCUGCUGACACCACUCCUCAACAGAACCCAGACAUCGAAGCCAGGACAACUCUGGGAAGCCGUACAGGCAGGAAGCGCAGGAAGAACAGAAAGCGCAGCGCAAAGCCGCUGAGCUCUGCACCGUCUCAGCCGGAUCUGUACACCAGGGGAAGCAGCUCAAAGGAGCUGCUGGAGAGUCCAACCCCGGAGGAGCCGCCAAGAGACAGCGAGCCAGAGGGAGCCGUGCCUAGGAGACCGAAUGUCUCAGAGGACGAAUCUGAGCCAGAGGGCAGCAGUGUCUCUAGUCCUGCUUACAGAGAGGCCGCCUCUGAAACUUUGCCUGCUGACACCACUCCUCAACAGGACCCCAACUUCGAAGCCGAAUGUGUGAAGGAGAACCUGGCUGAAUCUCACCUGAGCUCGUCUCCCUACCUGAGGGCGUUGAUGACGGCUGUCUGUAAGGCAGCAGUGAAAGAUAACACCAACUGUCGAGUGCACACGGCCCUCAUUCAAAAGAGAUUACCUGUAUUGCUCCAGUACCGGAACUCAGAGAGUGAGCGACAGCUGCAUGCUCUUCAGGAACUUCAGUCGCUGAUCGUCGCCCUCGAUCAUCCUCCAAACCUCCUCAAGAUAUUCUUCGAGUGUAUGUACGACGAGGACGCAUUCUGCAAGUCGGGGACGAGAAAAGACCCGGCCAAUCAGCUGGAUAAGGGCGUGGCCCUGACGACCGUCACAGCCUUCUUCACCUGGCUGCGGGAGGCGGAGGAGGAGUCGGAAGACAAUUGA